GGAAUCGCUGCCAAACUAGUCCAGUCUGAUAUCAACUAUUUGUAAUAUACCUGCACCCACGUGCUUGGAUCUCGAUACUUAGGGCGUGUUCCAAAAUCUACUCUCGUGUGCUGUAGUAUGAUUCUGUCUCUGUUACUCACAUGCGUGUGAUGUAGACAGACCGGCAACAUAACCUUGUAGUUAGAUUUAUAGGUUACGCAGCAAGUUGUUUGUUUCAUUUUAAAACGUAAAGCUUGUGAAGUUUGUUGAUAAGAAUGGCUGAUCAAAGGGAUAAUAAUACCGCCGUUGGAAGAGGAAAUAAAAGAAAGAAGAAAAAGUCUUUCAUACAAAAUGCUAAGAAAUAUGCUCGCAAAGGAGAGUAUGGUCAUGGAAGUUCACUUGAUUCUGAAACAUAUAAUUAUAUGGUUCGUAUAUUGGAAAUAAUGCGUGACGAAUUUGCUGAAAUGGAGGAUAAAUUAGUCUUUGUGAAUAAUGUCUAUGAGCAAACUGUGGGACAUGAGGUUGAAUAUGCACGCAAUCAGAUUGGAUCAAGAGUACUCGAUUCAUUAAUCCAAUAUGCUAGCAUCGAAACUAUUCAGAGACUUGUUGAUGCCUUUGGUCCUUCUUUAAGACCCAUCUGUAAUGAUAGAUUCGCUAGUCAUGUUCUAGAGAAAAUUAUUAUUGUUUGUGCUGAUAGAGGUAAUAGGACUGUUAUUGAAAAAGUAUCUAAAAGCAAGGAUGGUGUAGUCGAAAUUAAAGAUAACGAAGUUCAACUGUACAAUGAUCUUACUUUGAAGCUGUGUAGAUAUGCUAUCAAUAAUAUGGAAGAUUUUGCUUGGGAAUUUUACUCUAAUCGUGUACUUCGAACUGUUUUUGAAGUUCUUGGAGGUUUAAUUGAUAGACCUCCAGAGCAGAAUAAGAAGAAAUUGUUACCCUGUCUUGACAUGCGCAGGAAAGUUGUCAAAGAAUAUACAGAUCUACUGGUGAAUGCUUCUAAAAGAUUACAAAAUUGGCCACAAUUUCCUGAGUUUGGACAAGAUGAGUUAAUGUCAGGACUUUUACAAAUCGUCCUGUAUUCCUUAAAGGACAUUGAUCCUGAAUUAAAUGGACAUAUCAUAGACAAAAUUAUCCAGGAGUGCUUUACGCCUAACGAGGAGGACCAUUUAUCUAAUCUCUUUGACACUGAGAAUGCAAUCCGAUUGUUGGAAGCCUGUCUCGUAACAGCACCAUCAGAUGUUUAUACACAGAUUAAUAAAAAAUUCUUCAGUGGUCAUCUCAAAAUAUUAGCGCUCAAGGAAGGAGCUAAUUUCAGUGUCCAGAGAUUAUUGGAUGGCUGCAGUACUACGGAGAAUUUUGAACAGAUAUUUGAAGAAUUAUCACUACAUUAUAAGGAAAUUCUUAAUAAAGGUUACACUGGAGUUUUGACUAGUUUAGCCAAUGCUUGCGGCAGAUUACGCACGAAGCAAGGAGCCUUCAUCAAUUCAAUCACUAAAGCCCUGGGUUGUGAUGAACCAGCAGAACGUCAUUCAUCCACUGCUUUAGUCAUAGCUACACUAAAACAUUAUGACGAACUGGAAUCCCAUAGGAAAAGAAGUGAUCGAAGCUUGCCUAUAAAUCUUCAUGGAAGUUUAAUAGUACAGGCCAUACUAAAGUUCAACAAGCCAAUUAAAAUCGUAAACUCAUUAUUGGAAUCGACUGGCGAAGAUCUGGCUGUACUUUUCAGUGAUCCCAAGGGUAGCAGGAUCCUUGAUGUCUUCAUGGAAAGUACCUCCAUUGGUGAAAAAAGCAGAGAAAAAUUGAUAAGAAGAUUGCAAGGUUACUGGGCAAAGCUAGCCUGCGGUAUACACGGUUCAAGAAGUCUGGAGAGAAUGUGGGACAAAGCGCAGGAAAAGAGGAGAAUCAGCAUCAUGCAAGAAUUAGCAGAAGCAGGAGAGUCUUUAAAUUCCACAAAAUCUGGAGCUUGUAUUGCCGCCAAAUUACAGGUGCCCCUUUUUGCAAGAAGCAGAAAGCUUUGGUCUGAGUCUCUUGGAAAAGAAGAAAAAACUAAAGCAAUGUUUGCCAGCAUUAUUGAAUCGACAAAGAAAAAGUGAUCCUCCAUUGUGUCCUUCUGUCCAAGAUCACAAAAAUUAAUUGAAUGUGUUUACUAAGAUCAUUCAAUUCUAUAAAUAACAUUAAUCCUUUAUACGCAUUAUGACAUAGAAUAUUGUAUUUCGUUACUUCGUAAAUACACUUUAUAACCCAUCGUA